CGGCCCCGGCCCGGGAGCCCGCGAGGACGCGACGCCCAUGGACGCCUACCUGCGGAAACUGGGCUUGUAUCGGAAGCUGGUGGCCAAGGACGGCUCGUGCCUCUUCCGGGCCGUGGCCGAGCAGGUGUUGCACUCUCAGUCUCGCCAUGUUGAAGUCAGGAUGGCCUGUAUUCACUAUCUUCGAGAGAACAGAGAGAUGUUUGAAGCGUUUAUAGAGGGGCCAUUUGAAGAUUAUUUAAAACGCUUGGAAAAUCCACAGGAAUGGGUUGGACAAGUGGAGAUAAGUGCCCUUUCUCUUAUGUACAGGAAAGAUUUUGUAAUUUAUCAGGAGCCAAAUGUUUCUCCUUCACAAGUAACAGAAAAUAAUUUUCCUGAUAAGGUAUUACUGUGUUUUUCAAAUGGAAAUCACUAUGACAUUGUCUAUCCCAUAAAGUAUAAGGAGAGUUCAGCUAUGUGUCAGUCUCUCCUUUAUGAAUUGUUAUAUGAAAGGGUAUUUAAGACUGAUGUCAGUACAAUCUUGAUGGGACUAGACACCUCUGAAAUAGCUGAUGAAAACAGCAGUGAAGUGUCAGAUUCCGAGGAUGACAGUUGCAAGAGUAAAAUAACUGCUAAUGAUAUGAAUGGACUUAAACCAUUAUCAGAUGAUCAGCAGCUGAAAAACAAUGGGAACUCUCCUAGUCUGCCUUUGUCUAGAAAGGUGCUUAAAUCACUCAGUCCGACAGUUUAUAGAAAUGUGGAAUAUGAAAUUUGGCUGAAGUCUAAGCAAGUCCAACAAAAGCGUGAUUAUUCCAUUGCUGCUGGCUUACAGUAUGAAGUUGGAGAUAAAUGCCAAGUUAGGUUUGAUCACAAUGGAAAAUUUUCUAGUACAGACUUUCAAGGGGCUCAUUCAGAGAAUGGACCAGUUCUGGUUGAAGACCUUGGAAAGAAACAUUCACCGAAGAACCUCAAACCUUCAGAAAGCUGGAACACAGUGGCAGGGAAGAAGACUAAAAAACCCUCCAAUUCUGGACAAAAUUUUCAUUCUGACAUGGAUUAUAGAGGGCCAAAGAAUUCAAGCAAGCAGAUAAAAGCCCCAUCAGCACUACCUCCUCGACUCCAGCAUCCUUCAGGAGUGAGACAGCAUGCAUUUUCCAGUCACUCAGCAGGGCCAUCAUCUCAGAAACCCUCCAGUGAGCACAAAAGUCUCAGCAGGACCCCCUCACAGAUAACCAGAAAAUCUGAUCGUGAGAGAGCCGAUGACUUUGAUCACACAAGUCAAGAAUCGAACUAUUUUGGCCUAUCCCCAGAAGAGCGACGGGAGAAGCAAGCGAUAGAAGAAUCACGUUUACUGUAUGAGAUCCAGAACAGAGAUGAGCAGGCCUUCCCAGCCCUUUCUAGCUCAUCAGCCAGCCAGCCAACCUCUCAGAAUAGCAACCCGUGUGCCCAAAGAAAAUCACAUGUAAGUGAUAGGAAAGGGAGCAGGCGGAGAAUGGAUACCGAGGAACGGAAAGAGAGAGAUUCUACCCAUGGACAUACGCAUUUGGAUAAAAAAGCUGAGUCAAGCACAUUGGAGAAUAUAAGUGAUGAUAAAUGUACAAGAGUUUCAUCACCAUCUAAAUCAAAGAAAUCGGAGAGUUCAGCUCCUGCAGAACAAAAGCCAGCAGAACAUGUGACUUUGUCAAAUCCAGCUCCCCUUCUAGUUUCUCCAGAGGUCCAUCUAACUCCUGCGGUGCCUUCCUUACCAGCCACUGUGCCAGCUUGGCCAAGUGAACCUACAACUUUUGGACCAACAGGUAUCCCUGCGCCAAUUCCUGUUUUAUCAGUGACACAGACUCUGACCACAGGACCUGAUUCUGCUGUGUCCCAAGCUCAUCUAACACCCUCUCCAGUUCCUGUGACAAUACAGGCGGUUAACCAGCCCUUGAUGCCUUUGCCUCAGACACUGAGCCUCUACCAGGACCCUCUUUAUCCAGGAUUUCCUUGCAAUGAAAAGGGAGACCGAGCCAUUGCACCCCCAUAUUCACUGUGUCCCACCGGGGAGGACCUGCCGAAAGAUAAGAACAUUCUUCGAUUUUUUUUCAACCUAGGUGUAAAGGCCUACAGCUGCCCUAUGUGGGCCCCACAUUCAUACCUUUACCCUCUGCACCAGGCCUACCUGGCAGCCUGCAGGAUGUACCCCAAAGUCUCCAUGCCUGUGUACCCUCAUAAUGCUUGGUUUCAAGAAGGGCCUGGUCCGAAUGAGACUGAUUGUACGUGUGCCGAAGCGCACUUCUCCAUGCAGACAGAGGCGAGUGUGAAUGGCCCCAUGCCGCAGGCAGAGAUGGGCCCACCCCCAUUUUCUUCACCCCUAGUUAUUCCCCCAUCCCAGGUGCCUGACACUCAUGCACAGCUGCCCUACCAGCCGGACCUCGAACCCGAGAGCCCAGGCCAGAUGCUUCAGGCCGAAUAUGAAGAGUCAAUGAGUGGCAAGAACCUGUUUCCACAGCCGUCCUUUGGGCCCAACCCGUUCCUGGGCCCGGUUCCUGUUGCUCCUCCUUUCUUCCCUCAUGUCUGGUAUGGCUACCCGUUCCAGGGGUUCAUCGAGAACCCGGUGAUGAGGCAGAAUAUCGUGCUACCGUCGGAUGAGAAAGGCGAGCUGCACCUGCCUCUGCAGCAUCUGGAUCUGACCCGAGACUGCGAGGCCGCAGCAGCAACAGCAACUGCAGGCGUGUGUCCUGAAGUCCCUGGGGAAGGGGCCCACACCCUCCCUGAGAUAGGGAGCCGACAGCUUGAAGGCAGGUCAGAGCAGUCUUCCCAGACCCCCAAGGAAGGCCCAAUACCAGCCAGCAGUCCUCCUACAGUUGACGGCGAAUCUCGUCCCCCGACUCAGGUUCCUCACAGGGAGCGGGAGCCGGUGCCAGUGCCCAGCGAGCUGGAGCCCAAAAGGACCAUUCCAAGUGUGAAAGAAAAACCUGAGAAAGCCAAGGAAGCAAAGACUGCCGCUGAUGUGGUAGGCGGGGCCAACUCUGUGGACAGCAGAGUGCAGAGACCAAAAGAGGAGAGCUCGGAAGAUGAAAAUGAAGUCUCGAAUAUUCUGCGCAGCGGGAGAUCCAAACAGUUUUACAAUCAGACUUACGGGGGCCGCAAGUACAAGAACGACUGGGGCUACUCGGGCCGCGGAGGCUUCCAGCACUCGAGAGGGGAGGAGUCUUGGAAAGGGCAGCCAGGCCGCAGCCGCGACGAAGGUUACCAGUACCACCGCAGCGUGCGUGGGCGGCCCUAUCGAGGGGACCGGCGGCGGUCUGGGAUGGGAGACGGCCACCGCGGCCAGCAUACCUGACAGCUGUUCUGGGGCAGAAACCCUCUUAGGUGGAAUGUGUCUGAAGGCUUUAAAAAUGAUUCGUUGAAAUAAAAACCCAAUCGGAACGCUGGCUUCCUGCCCCCUUUCCCACUCACUCCCGCCCUGAAGUAGUGAUGUUGGACAUGAGUUCCGGGCAGGGAAUUCCUAGUGUUGCUAUUUUUCUUCGUUCAAAAUCUAUUUAUAGGGUGAUUGCCCCCAUAAAAAAUAGAAAAUAAGUUUGUUAAAGUAUUUUUUAUAAACAGCUUAAUAUAAAACAUAGAUUUAGUGUGGUUUUUUUUCUUCUAUAAGUUUAAUUUCAAAUGUUGGAAAUGUGUGCUUUAUAGUGUUUACUAAAUUGACAAGAAAAUAUACCAUUUGACACAUAGAUUCCAAAACAUAACAUUGCACCAAAUAGAAAUGUAUAUUUUAUUAUGCAAUGCCUUAGUCAUAAACUGGGCUCAAACAGUUCUCAGCCUAAAACACUGUCUUUUGAAAUGCUUCCAACCCAAAGGCCUUUCAUCUCAAUAUCUGUCAAACUUGAAGAAUGUCUUCUCUUUACUAUUACACAUAAGGCAGCCUAUUAACCCGUGUCUUAGAAAUGUUGUAUAUAGUUCUUUUACUAUUCAUAGGGUAUAUUUUUGAAUUUCAGUGAAUACUUGUCGAACUUGAGAUCACAUGCAAGAACAGAUGUUUAAGAAACCAUAGGAAGUCUAAUGAAAUGGCUGUUUCCACCAAGAAUUCUUAGCACUGGUGUAAAUAUCAUGGUGCCUACUCGAAAGAAUUGUAGAUGCUAUGCAUUUUGAAAAUAAUCUGCAUCUGUUAAAACUGCAGACUUUUUUAAUGCCACUUUAACACUAAUGCACUGACAGAUUUAAAAUAUUUUGUGAGAAGAAAUGUUAAAAUUUGUAGCUUGACAGGUUUCUACAGUAAUUGUUUUCUUCAUGCACCAUUGAUUAUGUGCAUCACUUUACAUUUAUGUGUUGUACAGUCGUCAUGACUGGAACUGUUGUACAGAAAAAGGAUGAUUGUGACUUCUAGUUCUUUUCUAGAGGAUGCUGCUAGGAAAUGGUUUUGCUUUGUGUUUUACACAUUUCCCCUCAGUACCAUGUCUCUGAUCUCGCUUCCUUCCAGUCUUUGCAGUAUUCAUUAGAAAUCUCCUUCGCAUGUUGCACCCUGUUCUCAUUUGGAGAUUGUACUCUGAAUUAACACAGUAUUCAUUCAUCUGUGUUACUUUGUAGAAAUGUUUGCUUUUAUUUGUAUAUAUCAAUGUGAAAACCUUAUCUUUCCCCCCUUUAAAAAUUUUUUUUGAUCAGGAAGUUUGAGUGCUAACACAAAUCAAAGUAGUAACUGCUUUUUGCAUGCUCUACAUAAUAUACCUAGCCAAAAAUCGGUUUUUUAAAGAAAGAAAGCAAAAUUAAAAGCAAAUGCAAUUCACUUGAAUUUGACAAACUGAAAUAGAUGAGUUUUCUGGUUUCUCUAAUAAUCAGGAAUGUUUGGAUGCCAGCAAGGCUCAGUGAAUCUCCACUGUACUGUAAUAAUGGAUAUUUACCUCUGUGUUUUAAUUACCUAAUGUCUGUGUAACUGCUGAUAUGAGAAGUGAUUAGCCUUUAUGUGUUUUGUAGCAUAGGAUUAUAGAGCACUUUGAAAGAUUAACAUUUUAUGAUGGUGCUAGGUAAAAAUUUGUAAAGACUGGGAUAGUUGUGUGGAAAAGAAAAAUUCUGAUAAAAGCCUGUUGAAUCAUUUCUGUUGUCAUCUUCUAAAUGAGGGCAUUUAAGGAAGGUGUUGCUUAAGCCUUUGUUUUUUCUGUAGUUAGCAUCAGUUAUUAGGGAAUGAGGAGCAGAAGGUCCUUACCUUUUCCGCUCAUGCUUUUUAAGCAUAGGAUUAGCUUACCUGAUGAUUUUUAAUGAAAAUCACAUAACUUAUCAGGUUGAAAACAAAAAUGUGUUUGAUCUCAGGAGUCCAAAAUAAAUCACCUAAUUCCAGUGUCCUUUAUCUUGUAGACUAGGACUUGAUCUCAGUUUUUCUGGAAAAUUUUUAGAGUUGGAUAGGAAAGAACACUCCUUCAUUUCUUUCACUGUUACUGUCUUACCUCAAUGAAGUACCAGAAUACUCUUCUGACUUUUGAGGGAAAUAUGGCUGCUUCCAGCCUCCCUCAUCUGACCUCCAGGAUAUAUCGGGAGCCAUGUUGGAAGAGAACUGCAGCCUAUGGUACUUGACCUCAGUGACCUUGGGAAUCAGAACUCUAGCUGUGAGAGGGAGUUCUGAAAUGAUCAGUUUGUGUGUGAAAGGUCAGUUUGGUUUUUUUCCUUUAGAUCUAUUUUGCCUUAUGCUGAGGUCAAACUAGGGCCCUCAUUUCAACCAGUCGUAAGUAUCCUUACCUGAGAAAUGAUGUUUUUUAUACGAGUAAAACAAGCUUAGAAAUGGACAGCAUUUGAAUUAGUUUGAAAUUAUGGAGCUUCAGUGUAUUACAUUUGGAAGGACAUGUUUAUAGAAUGACCAAAGCUCACGUGUUCUGUUGUAGUUGCUUUAGCUAAAGUUGAUUCACACCUGCCCCUUUUAGUGUUUGGUGUAUUUAUCGUUUGCUUCCCUUCAGACAAAUGUUCACUUCUAGUCCUGUGUACUUUUGUUGGCAGGAGUUGCUGGCAUCUGUGUGGUCUCGUUUUCUGGCAAUUCAUACUUCACUUCGUGGCUGCUGUCGGCUCAAACCCUGCCAUGAGCAAGUGGGGUGUGGGUUUUCCCUUAAGCAUACUGAACGCAAGCCCUAGAUAUCCUUAGGGUGUGCUGGUCUCUUUUGACAUAAAUAAUGCUUGUGAACUGCAACGUUGCUUAUGAUUGACUUGGUGCAAUAAAGUUCCUUUCUAACCACUUCUGGUUUAGGAAACAAGCAGCCAUCUUAGAAACUAGCAAUAUUUAUUUAUGCCUCAUUUCUCUGACUAUAGAUGAGGUAAACUGUGUUCACGUGGGUACUAAGCAAGGUCCAUUGGAGUGUAGCUGAAAAGCUACAUGAUUUCUGUUUACUGUAUUUUGUUCCCUAUUUUAUGUCUAAAUGCUAUUUUGUUUAAAACCUUAAUGGCUCAGUUUCAAUAUUGUCAGUUUUAAAGAACUAAGGUUUUGCUACUAGUGUUAGCCAUAAUCUCUCACUAAUUGGGCUUUCCCACUGAUCGGGAUGUUUUCCCCCCCCAAAAUAGAAGUUUUAGAAAAUCCUAGAAGGAGGGGUGGGUGCAUGUCUUAUAAUGCUGGGAAACAGCAACUUUGGGGUUGAAUUUACUUGAAUGGAUUAAAAAUUGCAUUGUUACAGAGCUAGAAAAUUUAUGUAUGAAAAACGAUAAUAGCCUUACACUGAGUACAAAUAAUACUUAAAGCAUGUGAAGAUGUGAUCAUUUGUGAUGUUACUUGUAAAAAAAAGUAUAUUAUACAUAUCUUUUGAAGUGUUGAAAGGAAAAUAGUACUUUAUAUUCUUUAUCAUAUCACUUUUUGUAAGUGUUGAAUAUAUUCCUGUUUAUUUUUCUAUGUUCUGUUUUGUAGCCUUAAGAAGUGUUUCAAACAUAUCUGAAUGUAUAAAAAAUAAGAGUAAAUGCCCUACAUGGUGUGAUAUGCUGCAUUAUAUAUAAAACUGUGUGCAUAUAUUAAAUUUUGUUUCUUGA